AUGCCUCCGCCUGAAGAUUUUCACACGAUCGCUUACGUUUACAUGACGCUGGCUACCGUACACGGCGUAUGUGCACUCUUGAUGGUUACUGGUUCAUGCAGACAUGGCAUGCUAGCUUUCUCACCACGAAGGUCAAAGGUGGAAGCUUCAUCGCCUCAAACCAGUUCAGUGAAUGCAGGAGAUGCCAACCAUCCGGUGACAUCGGUGCCCUCCGGCUCCGCUCGCAUCGUGCGGUUUUUGCCUGCUAUAUUGUAUCAGCUCACCAGUCACCAUGGCUUUUUGGGUGUGAAGGGCAUUCAUUUCCACGGUGUACUCAUCUGUCGAGAGGGUCAAUCCCAACACAAGUAUCGCCGGAAGUUAUGCAACAGUACCGCUGGGCAAAGAAGAGCAACGGGCGGUAAUUCGCGAGCCAUCCAGUACAAUCAAGAAAAACUGCUUUGGGGGAGACAAUGCUUCUUACAAGGACACGGGACUAAAAACCCGCAUCAGCUGCAUCAUUCUCCAGGCGCUCACUACGCUUUUGCUGCCUGGGGAGUCGUCAUAUUAGCGUUACAUGUGCAUGCUACGGUGCAAACCCCUCUCUUCAAGUGUACGCCGCAAGUAUACCCAAUGGGUAGAGCUCUGCCUUCUUGUUAUGCGGUAGACUUCAACUGCCACAAGAUCGGGAUAUCCGCUACCAGAGAUGAAAUGGAGAGCGAAUGGGAAAGAUUCGAUCGCAGCACAACAGCAAAACUUCGUAUGUUACACUGUCCGAUGCUUCAAGUACCCGAUAGUUUCCAAGAUUUUAAAGGUUUGCAGGAACUUGUGGUCUAUAACUCGACUAUUGUGGAUUGGAGUGAGACCGCUGCCAUUACCAAUACUCGCCACCCGGGGAUGCGGAAGAUAUCAAUAGUCCGCGUGAACAUGACGGACGGAGCGCCCCCGCUUGGGUUUCAGGCUCUCGACUUCCCGCUCACCCUGUUCGAAAUCUACUUCUGCGAGACGAACUUGGAGACGCUGCCGGAUGAUCUCGACCUCAAGUGGAUACAGGGCUCAUCAAUUUUCUGA